AGUGUAGCCUUACUGUCAAACAGAAGUGUCAAUUGUCAAAUUUAAACUACACAAAUAAAUGCAAAAUAUUACGCAUUAAAAACGAAUUACCUAUCACAAUUUUUUGUGAUUUGACAAUACAAAUACAUUAUUUUUACCAAUUUUCAGAUUACUGGAAAAUUUCAGCCAGCUGGCCUGGCUAGAAUAUGUCAAUGAAUUUAAAACAACAAAAAUCAGAGAUAGUGUAUUUACUUUUCCAACAUACAAAUCGUAGUAGUCCUUACUCAAUUUUAAAUUUUAUGACAGCAAAAUAGAGAUAUGAUAAGCUUUUCUAAACAUUGGCACAGUAAUUUUAUCUUUGUAAUCAAACAUGCUUCAGUGUUGCUGUAACCUUGGGCCUUUAAUCAGUGAAAAUGUGCAAGAAGUCGAGACGUAAUAUUUUAUGUACUGAAUUUUUCUAUUUAAUUUUCGCAUAUUUUGAAAAAUAAUGUCGCAAUCUUUGGAAGCGCUUUCGAAUGGAUGGGCGACAGAUACAACGGCGCCCGUUGACCUCGACAAGCCGACAGAUAAUGAAGUAAGUGGACCCCUGCGAAGUUGUUUGUGUAAGAUAAAGUGUCCUUUACUGACCCCGGGCCAUAUAUUUACUGCAAAUAGACUUGUGUUCCUUUUACACUUAUCAACAGAAGUAAUAUCAAUAGUGGAGAGGCCGUCGCAAGUAAUGUUAUGUUUUACAUCAUACAAGUAUUAUCAUACAGUAAAUAGCUUCAAAAUUGAAGAUUCACUGUUUAAAUGACUACUAAACAAAACAAAGAAUGUUGUUAUGCAUUGAAAUUUCUAUUGAGUAGUUCUGUUGAAUAGUUUUUCAUUAACAAAUAGUUUCGUGCGACCAUUUAUUAUUGGUGGACUAGUCGCUAUUCAUUAUAGGCUUGCAAUUAAAGUUUACAAAAAAGAAAUUAAAACAAUGAAUACAUUAUUUUUACCCAAUAUUGGUUUCAAGAAACUGUUGAAGAUUGAGUAGCUAUGUUAAAAAAGUGUACAACCAAGUCUAUCAUUACUAAUACAGCACAUUUAACUUUUGUAUUUUCAGACUUUAUUGUCAUUUAUGUUAUUUACUGCAUUAUUUUUGUAUUGCUCUAUUAUACUUGGAAAAAAACAUGUUGACACUAAUAUUGUAAUCAUUUUAAUCUGUGUUGAUAUAAUUUUUUUAAUAACAAUGAUAAAAAUUUAUGAAUCAAUAUAGCUGCUGAAAAUAAAAGACUUACUAAAUCAAAUAAUAAUAUACUGAUUAGGAAUUCAAAUUAAAAAAGGUUCUUUGAUAAAGAAUGAUCGUAAUAUGUUAUUGUUUUUAAAACUUUUAGUUGGCAUCUAAUUGGUUAUUUAUAUUAUUAAACGAUUAUAUAUAAUCUUUAAAAUGCUAACAUAAUAUAUGUUGCUGCUUCAUUGCUUACUGACAUUUAGUUUGUGAGCUUUCAAAAUAAAUUCAUAACCCACAGCUAAACAGUAGACAAAAAAUUCAAUAAGCAAUAUUGUUUAUUAUUUUUUUAAAGUCAAUUAUGUUGUAGUGAUAGUAUGAAAUGCAAUAGAUGAACAAAAUUGCAUCAACUAUUACAAUAUACUCAUGAUUAAUACAAUAAUUGUAAAAAUACAAUAAUUGUAGUCAAAAUAAAUAUAUAUUAUUCUCAUUUCCUGAUUUUAAAGUGUUAAGGUUGUCCAAACCAUUAUUGUGUUUAAAAAAAUUGUCAAAUUCUGUGCAAUUUUAAAAAUGUUAUUUUAUUGGAGGGUGUAUGGUAGUAUAGUAGAGGGGGAAGAGUUCGACCGAAGAAGACAUGGAUGGAGUGUGUGAAUGACGAUAUGAGAGAGAAGUGAGUGUUGAGAUGACGGCUGAUAGAAGAGAAUGGAAGAGAAAAUUUUGCUGUGCCGACUCUACCGAGUGGGAUAAGAUGGAGAAAAAGAAGAUUGGUGGAAGGGGGUAUUUUGUUGAUUGGUAAAUCAAGUGCUGUAUCGCCAGUAUCCUUCUUAUUUUUUUAAGUUUAAUUAGUAAGAUAGCCAUUAGUAAAAUACAAUCAUCAUAUUAUAUCAAUUAUUUUAAUGGCAUAGGUUAUCUUUAACAGUGACCACUUAUCCUCCGGUGAACUGUAGCUUCGUUGUAUAUACAUGAUGAAAAAUACUGUGCAUAAUGCUAUAUAAUACGCGUAAUAAGCUAAGCUAAGCUUAGCUUGAAUAACUUAUUGCCGCAUUUUUUUUUCAAGAAUUUACCUGUGCACAAUGAUUUUGGAGAUUUUACCUUUCUAUUCCGUUCCUCUUUCUCGGCAUCUUCUUUUAAUUUUAAUUCUAAAUAUGAUGUGUCGACCCUAAUUUAUCGCAUGUACCUCAUUACCCCCUAGUCAGUAUGUACGUAUGGAUACUCAUUAUCUCUAAGGGUUAACGAUCAAGACCUUCCACCUCCCUUACCCGUCCGGACUCCGUCUGUCCCUGAUAACAAAAUGUAUAAGUUACUCAUUAUCGUCGCUAACACGGCAGUUUAUCGUUCAGUUCGCCUUCGUAAGUCUACGUGAGCGCACGUAUCAUUACUGUUUCGGAAAACUACUAUCGCGCACUUAAUUUUUCUACGCAAGUGAUAUAAUCCCUGAUGGAUAAAUUCGUUGAUUGUAAUUUUCUGUCCCCAAAUUAAUUUCGAAAUUAAAAAGUUGCAACUAUCGGCAACGCUCCAGGCGUUUCAUAUUAUAUUUAUUUAAAUCUUUUACGAUUAUCCCUGGCAGAAGCAGCCUACAUGUAUUUUUCGAACGCCGUUGCGCAGAAAAUGACCAUAGCUUUACUGUAUCGAAUCAACCCUAUCUACUAUUCAGACUACUCGGAUACGAUCUAGGCUUACAUUUGAAGCUAUUUCAACUUAAACGUUCUAUUUGCCAUUGGCUCUACAAUUUCGAAUACUAUAAAUUUGGUAUUUACUCCAAAGAUAUUACUUGACGAAGAAUAUUUGGUAAAUCCAAGUAGAAUUGAAAGUGCAUCAGAAUGGACAUCGUGACUAACUAUCAUCCGGUGUUCAAAGCGUUUCUUGCGGGUUCGUUUUCUGGAACAUUCAGCACUGUGCUCUUCCAGCCGUUGGAUUUAGUGAAGACUCGUUUGCAGAAUCCGAAUCAUCAUGUCAUGGCGGCUACAGUCAACGGCCGAAUUCAACCCGGGAUGAUAACGAUCUUCGCUAACAUAAUCCGUCAGGAGCAAAUCGUUGGAUUGUGGCGAGGGAUGAUACCCUCCGUUGCCCGAUGUGUUCCCGGGGUCGGAUUAUAUUUCUCUUCACUGCAUUGGCUCAAAGGGAAGAUGGGGAAGUCUACGGGAGACUUGAAAGCUAUUGAGGCUGUUCUUUUGGGCGUUGUCGCAAGGACCAUGAGCGGGAUUGCCUUGAUACCAAUAACUGUGAUAAAAACUAGGUACGAAUCAGGGGUGUACAAAUACACCAGUUUGAGUGGUGCUCUGAAAUCCAUAUACAAAGCGGAAGGUCUUCGAGGUCUGUCCUGCGGCCUGGGUCCGACCUUGGCCCGGGACGCGCCGUUCUCGGGACUGUAUCUAAUGUUUUACACACAAACAAAACAAGCCGUUCCCAAAGAAUGGCUUCAGUCACCAAGCGCUGCAAGUGCUAUUCAUUUCUCGUGCGGUAUUGUCGCCGGGAUCGCUGCCUCGCUGGCCACAAACCCGGCCGACGUUCUCAAGACGAAAAUGCAACUUUAUCCUGAUAAGUUUCCAAACGCCUUUAGUGCCGCUGUUUACAUCCAUCAGACGUACGGAAUUAAAGGGUAUUUCAAAGGUGCCGUACCCAGGAUGCUUCGUAGAACUCUCAUGGCUGCAAUGGCGUGGACUGUCUUCGAAGAAAUAACAAGGUCUAUUGGUUUAAAAUGAAUUUCGUUAACUACAUUGUUUGAAUAUAAAAAUUAGGGCAAUGGUAAGCCUAUUUAUAAAUGUUAGCACAACGUUCCUAAUAUAUUGAAUCUGUUUUGUUUAACUUUGAUUUUAUAAAGUUGUAUCGUUUGUAGGUAAGGGUUUUUGUUGAUAUUUAAAAUACACAUGUCGAACGUGUUGAUAUAAUCGAAUACUAUAUAUAUAUUUUGUGCAAUUUAUAUUUAAAUAAAGUUUUGUGAAGUGAAACAAGAA